CAUAAAAACCAGGCUGUGUCUGGUUUUCUACAGACACACAGCCACCAUGGAGCUGCGUCUCUCUGUCUGCGUCCUGCUGCUGCUUUGUGCAACAAGAAGUUCAAAUGGAGGGAAGAUUUUGGUGUGGUACACUGAGGCCAGCCACUGGAUCAACAUAAAGCCCGUACUGGAAACUCUGGUGGACAGAGGACACCAGGUGACGGUCCUGAUCCCGAGCGCGUCGAUGUUCAUGAACAGCAGCGAACCGUCUCGCUUCCAGUACGAACCUUUUAACACCUCUCUCUCCGUGAAGGAUAUGGAAAAGUUUCUUCAGGAGUUUCUUCAAUUUGGCAUUUACGAGAUGGAUUUUAUGGGCUACUUUCAGAUUUACAUUAGAUUUAUAGAACUGAUAAAGAACAACAUGAAGUUUUCUUUCAGUAUGUUGGAUGGAGUUGUGAAAUCAGAAACAAUCAUGAAGAAGCUGAAGGAAGGAAACUAUGACGUGCUUUUUUCUGAUCCCGUCUAUGUCGGCAGUGACCUGACUGCAGACAUUUUGGACAUUCCUCUCGUCUACUCUUUGCGGUUUUCCUUGGCUCAUAAUUGGGAGAGGAUGUGUGGUCAACUUCCUGCUCCACCGUCCUUCGUCCCAGCUGCUAUAAGCAAACUCACAGACAAGAUGGAUUUCUCAGAGAGACUGUGGAACGUCCUCUUCUAUGCUCUGCAGGACGUCAUAGUAGACCAGUUCAUGUGGAAAGAAAUUGACAAAUAUUACUCUGAAAUUUUGGUGUGGUACACUGAGGCCAGCCACUGGAUCAACAUGAAGCCGGUACUGGAAACGCUGGUGGACAGAGGACACCAGGUGAUGGUUCUGGUCCCGAGCACAUCGCUGUUCAUGAACAGCAGCGAACCGUCUCGCUUCCAGUACGAACCUUUUAACGUCAACAUCUCCCUGGAUGUUGUGGAAAGGUUUGUUGAGGAGUUCUUACAUUUCAACAUGUAUGAGAUGGACUUCAUGAACCCUGUUCAGAUUUACAUUAAAUUUAUAAGUUUAAUGAAGCGCAACAUGAUGAUAACUUUUAAGUUUUUGGACGGAGUGGUGAAAUCGGAAACCAUCAUGAAGAAGCUGAGGGAGGGAAACUACGACCUGUUAUUUGCAGAUCCGAUCUACGCCGGCAGCGACCUGACUGCGGACAUUUUGGGCAUUCCUCUUAUCUUUUCCUUACGCUUCUCAAUAGCUAAUAACUGGGAGAGGCUGUGCGGUCAGCUACCUGCUCCACCUUCCUUUGUCCCUGGUUCAAUGAGCAAACUAACAGACAAGAUGGGCUUCUCAGGGAAACUGUGGAACGUUAUCUUCUACGCUUUGCAAGACUUUGUCCUGGAACACGUUAUGUGGAAAGAGGCUGACAGAUAUUACUCUGAAAUCAGAGGAACGCCCACCAGUGCCUGUAAGUUGAUGGGUAAUGCUGAUUUCUGGCUGCUGAGAACCUACUGGAAUUUUGAUUUUCCUCGUCCACUCCUCCCCAACUUCAAAUUUGUUGGAGGGAUCCACUGCAAACCAGCUAAGCCUUUGCCAAAGAAAAUGGAAAAGUUUGUCCAGAGCUCUGGAGAUGCUGGGAUCGUUGUUUUCUCUUUAGGAACGAUGGUAACAAACCUGACCACAGAUAAAGCGAACAUGAUCGCCUCGGCGCUCGCUCAGAUUCCACAGAAGGUGUUGUGGAGAUACAGUGGGAAAAUACCAGACACUCUGGGUUCCAACACUAAACUUUAUGACUGGAUGCCCCAAAAUGACCUGCUUGGUCACCCUAAAACCAGAGCCUUCAUCACUCACGGCGGCGCAAACGGAGUUUUUGAGGCCAUCUACCACGGCGUUCCCAUGGUGGGAAUCCCCAUGUUCGCUGACCAGCCAGACAACAUGGUGCACAUGGAGGCCAAAGGAGCUGCAGUUGUUGUCGACUUGAACUUCAUGACAACUGAAGCCCUCAGAGAUGCAAUCAACACCGUCAUCAAUGACAAAUUCUACAAAGAAAAUGCGAUGCGACUGUCCAGAAUCCACCAUGACAGACCCAUGAGUCCUCGGGACGAGGCUGUCUUCUGGAUCGAGUUCACCAUGAGAAACAAAGGAGCCAAACACCUGAGGGUCCAGGCACACGAACUCACCUGGUACCAGUACCACAGCCUGGACGUCCUAGCCUUCCUCCUUAUUAUAGAUCUGCUCCUCAUCUUCAUCCUCUACAAGAGCUGCAGCUUCUGUUUCAAGAGAUGCUGCAGCAGAAAACAGACAAAGAGAAAAGCUGAGUGAGACUGAAGUGAAUAAAUCUGAUGGCUGAAUAAAAGGACAUUUCUUAACAUAAAGUCGUACCAAUAUGUGUUGUAUUCUUAAAAUUGUCUUUAAAACAUGCACAGUUGUAUGGUUUUGUCUCAUUUCUUUCCAUGGUUUUAAUUGAAAUAUCUCUACCAAACCUUUUAUAACUAUCACAAAUAUUCUGAGAAAACAUGGCACAAAAUGUCUUUAAACAAAUAUUGGAUUAGCAUAUUGACAGUUAUCAUAAAAGUGCUAAGCAACAGUUUGUUCAUGGAAGUAGCUUUAUUAAGCAAUCACUCUUGAAUUCAAAUUCAUGUCUGAAAUAAAAACGUGACAUAAAAAA